AAACUAACUGUCCCCUCGCUAUCAUGGAAUUUGAAUGGUUGUCCAAAAUGUUAACACCAAAGCAUUUGCUAACAUAUUCACUGUUUUUCUGUUAUUUCGGAAAUGCCAUCAACUAUAGUCUGGUUGGACCUACACUGACAUCACUGAGCGAUAUCUAUGGUGUAACCUAUGAUGACAACAUGAUUGUCACCAUAAGAACCGGGUUUUACACUAUCGGAGCGCUAACUGGUUUUGGCUACAAAUAUGUGAGCCGACAAACAUCGCUAAUAGUGUCGAUGAUAAUAAUGGGCAUAACAUUAGGUGUAUUGCCUUCUGUUAAUUCACUGACCAUCUACUAUGUAAUCGGCGCUAUAAAUGGCAUAACUGCCGGCUCAAGUGAUAUGGCUAUAACGGCAUGGAUUAUAGAGUUAUGGGACGAAAAAAGUGGUCCCUAUUUAUUGGCCGCUCAUUUUUGUUUCGGAACCGGCAAUAUAGUGGGUCCACAAAUCGCCCGACCAUUUCUUCUGGAAAAUUUGUCUCAAUUGGUGUUUGCCUAUAUUAUCUGUGGCAUUAUUUGUGUGAUCAGUGGCGUUAUCUUAACUUUUGUUGUAUUUGGUCCUAAAAUCAGAGACCAAUCGACUACUCCCGAUGAAACCGUACCGAACCAAACACAYCGGACUUCUAUUUCCGAGGAUGUCAUACAAGAAUCGCGACGACGCGAACUCAGACCCAUAUUUGUUGUCAUAAUUGUGAUCUUCGGGUGCCUUCUAUUAGCUAUCUAUUCAUCAAUGGAAAUGUCAUACUUUAAUUUGCAGUCAAUUUUUGCUCAGACCUCAAGUUAUAAUAUGAGUGAAGCCGACGCCACUUUGCUAUCAUCGACCACUUACGCUGUCUAUACUAUAACUAGAGGUGUCGAAAUACUACUGGCCCUCAAAAUACCGGUUCACUAUAUAAUGUUAGCUCAUUUUGCAGUCAUUAUUAUCUUCAGCAUUGUCUCAAUAGUGACAUAUAGUUUGCCUUUAAUAUGGCUGUGGAUUAGUAACAUAGGCAUCGGUAUUGGUUGUGGAUCAGUAUAUCCAACUAUAUACGCAUUUCUUCAGCAAAAUUUCAAUAUUGACGAUAAAAAGACAGCCAUUUUAUUGUUUGUCAGCGGAGGUCUCGGAGCCACUUAUCCUUAUAUUGUGGGAAAAUCGAUGACCAGUUGGCCACUUGUCUAUAUUUACAUUAAUAUUAUUAGUAUUAUAUUGUGUGUCCUCUUUUUGUUUGUCAUACGAUUCAUUAGCUGGAAGUGCGGUCGUAUGGUUAGACCAGUUAUGGUGAUGACCGUCUCUUCCGACGGACCUCAAGAAARCGAUUCAUCGCUAACUAGACAACAAUCAACUUAA